GAGAACAACCGCCCGCUCCGAGCGAAAAACGUUGCUUGCUUCUGUGUCUCACUAUAUGGAAUACUGACCAUCUCCUCUCAUGUCUGCUAGUUUUUUGCGAUCGACAAAAAUGAAAAUGAUGAAGCGACUUCUUGGCUUCGCGCAUUCAUGGCCGUCGAGCUGACUCUGACACGGUUUUGCGCAGAUUGCGGCGCCCGAACUCACGGGCCGCGAGGACGAGCGGCGCGCAUGCACCGCCAUGACGCCAAGGCGGCCGGGGCGCCUGGCUGCAGCUUCGCGUAGACCUAGACGCGGGCGCAAGCCCGCCCCUGGCGAUGCUCACGGCCGACCGGCACGGGCCGGCUCAAGAAACGACCACCCAGCGACCUGCUUCAGAACUGGGCCCCCGCGGACGGAGCACAAGGAGACCGGCCAGCGGUAUGCGAAUGCCUCGCAGUGUUUGGCGGUGGGCUUUGGCCCCGCGGCCCGUUCUCUGUCUGUGUGUGGUGGCCUACCCAAGGGAGUCGGCCGUGCCCGGCGCGCCGGUUUUGUUUCCGUGCGAUUGGGCGACGCCCAGGCAGCGCCGGUGGGGCGCCGGGCGUGUUCUGCCAAUGUGGCCGCCACUGGUUGUGAGUGUCUGCCGGGCGCCUCCCAUCUAACUAUCUUUCGACGGCGUGGCGCCGGGUGCCGAGGCGCGCCGAGCCCCCCUGUCCGCACGCAGCGGCUUGGCGCGUGCCUGGGCCGGCGCCUGUCAGUCGCGCGCGCCCCUUUCGGU